AUGAUGUAUAAGUAAAGUCCAAAAAUAAAUUCAAAUGAAUAAAGAUUGAAUCAAAUACAUAGAAAUUAUGUGGCUGCUGAUUACAAUUAAAAUUACUAAUACAGUUUAGUGGAUCCUCAUAUGGCCUAAAAGAUAAUGAUUGCAUAUAAACAUUAAAAGAUCGAAAAGAAACCAUUAGUAGCUAAGAAAAUCAAAAUGGUUGACCCUUUUUCUAAUAAAUAUUAGCGUGAUAUGUAAAUGAAAUUAUUAAAAUUAGAAAUUCAUUUGCUUAUGUCUAUGAAGCAGGUGGAAUACCUUGCAAAAUAAAUUAUAAUACUCAAGGGAAUAUGAAAAUCUAAUGGAUUCCAGAUGUAAACAUAUAAACCUUACCAUAUGAUCCAGUAUUAGUUACAUGUUUUAAUGGAUUAUUAGAAGAUGUUCAUCCUUAUUUAGCAAUUGCCACAACAGCCAUUUAAUUCAUGCUUUCAAAUGAAGUAAUAACUUCAAAUUAAAAUAAGGCUGCUUAAGAAAAAAUAAUCUAAGUUCUUCCAAAAUUAGUGUUACCAUUAAGAAGUGCAUUAAGUUCCAAAAGUGAUAAAGUAUUUGGUUCUGCAUUAAAAACUUUGAUGUAAUAUCUACUCUUUAAUUAAGGUCUUUAUCAAACGUUGUUGGAUCUCAUUUGAAUAAAUAUCUCAAAUUAUUCCUUGUUCCUAUUUGGCAGAGAUAAAAUCAUUAAAUUUUUGGUGAAUAAAUAAGAAUAAUUCUUACAGUCUUAGAAAAUAAUGGAGUAUAUUGAAUAUUUAAUUAGGGUUCUGAAGUCUAUUAAGUUAUCAAACAGAAGAUUCCAACAUACUCUAAUUUUUGA